AUGCGGAGAGGGCAGCCGAACUCGAAGCGAGAGGUUGUUCCCGAUGGAGCCCCACCCGGCUCGGUCGCCGCCGCGGGACCGCGGGAACGGAGAGGAGGCAUGGCGCGGGAAAGCGGGAGGAGGCGGAGGGCUCUCGAGGACGGGGAGGGGAUGGAGUUCGUCUCUCCCCACCACGCGAUCCCGAGAGUGAAAACCCGACCGCUCGAGUGCGGAUGGCCUGACGCGGAAACCAUCGGUAGACGUCGACGCGGUCGGAGGGGGAUGGAGGCGGUCGGGGCCCACGGACGCCCGGCCGACUACGUCGAGGCCUCGUACGCGACCAAUUACGUCCGAAACUCGAAGGCGAUCGCGGUGCUGUGGGGAGUGUUCACCAUCUGCUUCGCCAUCAUCUCGGUCGUGGUGUUCGUGCAGCCGCAGUGGAUCGGCGACACGGCGAGCAGCCGCGGGAUCGGCUACUUCGGGUUGUGGCAGCACUGCACGGUGUCGCACGACGGGCAGACCCUCGCGUGUCGCGGGAGGUUGCAGGAUUUCGCGUCCAUCCUGUCGCCGGCGUUCAGGGCCGCGACCGUCUUCACGGGUCUGUCCGUGCUCAUCACGUUCCUCUGCAUCUGCGCCAUGCUCCUCUUCUUCUUCGUCAGGUCCUCGACGGUGUUCCACAUCUGCGGCUGGAUGCAGGUCUUCUCAGGGGCGUGUCUGGCGGUCGGAGUGCUGAGUUUCCCCGCGGGAUGGGACGCCGCGGAGAUCCGCGAAGUCUGCGGCCCGCACGCCGGCGACUUCAAGCUGGGCGAAUGCGGAUUCCGCUGGGCUUACGUCCUGGCGCUGAUCGGGCUGUGUGACGUCAUCGUGCUCGCGUCGUUGGCCUUCCUGUUGGCGACGCGAUACAUCAAGGUGUUUUCGCAUCCCGACCCGCUCUACGGGUCCAUCUACAAAGGCGAGGUGAACAGCGGGUACCUGAUGGACAACAGGAGCCUGGCAGGGUCGCACAAGAGCCUGGGCCCGCUGGGCCCGAACCUUGGCCCAGUCAUGAUGGUACCGGGCCUGGAAGCGGAUCGGUUCUCGGAGUUCUCUCAUCGGACGGGGCGAUCAAAGUACUCCAGCGCUCAUAAUCUCCACAUGUAGGAAUUUCCGUGUUUUUUUUUUGUAUCGGGGACUAGAACGGACUUCGUACUCGACAUGGAAGAGGGAAAAGAAACGGCGCCCCUUGUGAUCAGAGUGAUUGUCCUACGUGGAUUGGCUUUUGUUUUUAUCCUGUGAAUAAAAAUUGCAUCUUACCUGUGAC